AUGCCUGCACCACCAUAUGGGUCAGAGUCAACCUGGUCAUGGCCAGAGGAGGUAGUUGCCGAUGAUCUUCGCGAUCAAGCUUCGCCGGAAAGUUCAUUUACUCAGAGAGACUUUCGUCACGCAAAACAACCAUCCGAGACGAAACCAGCACCCCCACCCCAUGAGGGCGAGGCCAGCUCCAGUGAUCCUCCAAAGAAACAAAAAUACUACGGUUCAAGGACCUGCAGGAUUUGUCUGGAGGAAGUGCACCCGUCAUUCGAGACUGGUCCGGAAGGCCUCGCUGGCGUGGUCGCUCCAACUCCGACGGUGAAGUACGUGUCGGAAGAUCCGGAAUCCGGACGGCUAAUUCGACCAUGCAAGUGCAAAGGAUCACAGUCAUAUGUUCAUGAAGGAUGUCUACAGGGGUGGCGACACGCCGAUCCAUCAUACAGGCGACGCAAUUACUUCGAAUGCCCCACAUGUAAAUACACAUACCGUCUGGAGAGGAUGCGAUGGAGCAAGUGGAUUGGCAGUACCAUGACCCAAAUUGCUCUCACCCUGCUGAUUCUUUGGGCCACCGUGUUCUUGCUUGGCUUCGUUGCGGAACCAAUUGUCAAGCUAUACUUGGAUCCGGUGGCAACGUUGACUACCAACCCGUGGACAACAUUCCGCGAACCUCUCAUAGAAUUUGAGGAGGGUGAGGAAUGGACAUGGUCUGAGCAUCUUCUAAAAGGAUUCGCAUCUCUAGGGCUAUUAGGUCUCUUGAAGUCCUUUAUCAUGUCCCCGUUUCAGUGGCUGAAUUUUAGGUGGGUGGUUGGAGGUGGUGGUAGAGCCAGAAGGGGAGGAACCGGGCGAGAGAGACUUGAGGAUAUCAGCGUGUCGAUGAUUCUCAUUGGAGUUGCCACAAUCCUAUACGCAAUUUGGAAAGGAGUUAGGGCCUGGAGCCGGAAUACCCUUGAGAAAGCUGGUGAACGUGUGGUUGACGUACAUGGAGAAGACGACGAUGAUGAAGAGCCAGAUGCAGGCCCGAGUCAUGCUGCCGCGUCUGGAAAUGACAACACAGACGGGAGCACUGGUUCGGCUACUGAAGCCGACCUAGAUGAGAAGAAGACUAUAGCAGAAGCUCCCAAUGCUAUAUAUUACAAAUGCCGCCAGUUAUCUAGGCGACGCACAUAUUUGCAACCAGUGACCAUCACUGCACACAACUUAAAUAUCCCCAUGUUCCCCAAAUCCCCCAUCGCCACGCCGCCCCGCGCGGCCCUCCAGGGCCAGGGCCGCUCCCGGAGCGGCUCGGUCUCCAACAACGCAGCGACCAAUUCACGCCCCUCCAGCCCGGAACCCCCCACCUCACAACCGCCUUCGCAACCACCCUCACAACCAACAUCUACCUCCCCUAGCGCUGCACCUUCCCGCAACCCCUCUACGAAAUCCACCACCAUCGACAAAGAUGAUCGCAUCGCGCACCUCGAAGCCGAUGCCGCCGUCAUGGAAGGCACAUUCGUGCAGGAGCUCGAGCACCUCUCCGCCAAGCUGGGCCACCAGGCCGAAGUCGCGCACUUCUGGCAGCUCAAGUACAGCAGUCUACACGCCGCACAUGGAGCCCUCGAGGCGCGCCUGGCGGACUGCAGGGCUGAGAUAGAGGAGCGCGCGCGCGAGCUAGACGAGCGGGAGGACCGGGAGAGGGACUCCACAACGCGCAUCUCGAGCUUGCUGAUUGAGCGCGAGGCGCUACGCGAGGGGUUCGCUGGGGCGCGACGCGAGGCGCAAGGCAGGGAGUCGGAGGUGGAGGGGCUGCGAGCGCAGGUGCGAGGGCUGAAGGAGUUUGUUUCUACGAGUGGGAGGUCGGAGGGGCAGGUUACGGAUGAGGUUAUCGCGGAGGGCUUCUCGGCGCUCGGGAGCGGGCUGCAGAAUUGGGUGUUGAGGAAUUUUAGGCGCGCGAAGAUGGAUGUUAAAGAAGUGAAGGAGGGAACGCGGGAGCGGCUUGAGGAGCUGUGCCCGUUAUGGGAGGGACUGGCGGGGACGGCGAAGGUGCACCUCAUACAGAGUAUUGUGUCGAUGCUGCUUGUGAAAAGGGUGUUUCAGAGAUACUUCGUCGGACUGCCUGAAGAAAGGGAGAAAGAACUGAUCGGAUUUGAAGCAUGGCUGGCAUCGACAUCGGGGAGUGCGGGGGAUGUGAACCAGUGGCGCUCGUCCACAUUAGGGCUCAUCAAUAAGAAGGGCUCGCUAGAUAAUCUAGGGGUUAAGACGGAAGAGGUCGCGGCAUCUGUCGUCAGGGAAGCCAUGGCUAUUUUAGAGGAUAUUACGGAUGUUGAACGGGACGCGGGGAGGGAAGUGACAUUGCGAGCACUGAUCAUCGAGGCCAUUACCCUAUCUAGGAUGCUUAGGGUGCAGAAGGCAAGUUUUAAGCCGAUCAUGACGGUUGUUGAAGGACAUCAGAUUAAUAUCUUUGAUUCCGAAACCAUGGAUGAUAUAGGUGGGGAGGAUGAAGAGACAUUAGAGGGCAGAGAUAUUCUCUGCAUGACGUUUCCUGGAGUCUUAAAGGAGGGAGAUGAGAAUGGCCAGCGCAUGCAGCUUCGGAAUAUCAUUGCUAGAUCGAAGGUUCUCUGUUCACCAGACUAAAAUCACAGGUAGUACAAAUCUCUAGCACG